UCCCCCCAAUUGGAGUGUCCAACUGAGCAUCCGAGCGUUGGCGUUUCCCUGUCCGGUGCUUCUCUCUCUCUCACUUCCAACACCCCCCUCCUCCACCAACCGGGCAAAGCGGGAGGCGGAGGGCGACGCUGCUGCGCGUGGAAGCGCGGCGGAGCAAAAAAAAAAAAAAAAAAAAGUUUGCAGGAAGCAGCUUCCUCCGACUCGCAACUUCUGCCUUGACAGAUCUCUGGAGAGGAGGCGGAGGAGCAGCGCGCCCCGGGUUCCUGCGCGGCUCCUCGCGAAGGGAAUCCCCGUUUUUUCCAAGCCUGCGUGGUCAUUAAAAGGCUGGAAAACUUUCAAAGAAUCCCCAUUAAUCCUUUUCUAAGAUCAGCGCUGAUACAAAGCUCGACUGGAAGGAGAUAAUUGCAGAACUUGGGGUGUGGCAAAAAUGACUUCCUAUUGUAUCCUUCCAACAUUUGCUUUGAUGAUUGGAUCUUUAGCAUUUCCAGGUCCUGUGCCUAGAAGUGGCUGUCUAUUGUCUCAGGUCAACAGUUCACAUCCAGUCCAAGCCUUGCUAGAAAGUUUUACUGUCUUAUCUGGCUGUGCAAGCAAAGGAACUGCUGGAUUGCCACAAGAAGUUCACAUCCUCAAUGUUAGGAAUGCAGAAGAUUCUGGUCACCAUGAAAGAGAGGUUGUUUUGCAUUUGAAUCCAAUUGCUUCAAUGCAUAUUCAUCAGAAACCAUUGGUGUUCCUCCUGAACUCACCUGUGCCUCUAUCAUGGAAAGUGAAAACAGAAAGACUUGCUUUGGGGAUUCAGAGAUUUUUCAUUGUAACGGGUGAAGUUCAACUUUUUCCUACAACAUGCAACAUAGAAAAGAACUUUAUUUCUUUAAACUACCUUGCGGGAUACCUACAACCAAAGACAGCAGAGGGAUGCAUUAUUUCUAGGGUGGCCCAUGAUAAAGAAGUUCAUAUAAUUGAACUUAUUGCACCUGAUUCAAACAGCGCUUUCCAGGUGGAUAUCAUCAUUGACAUCAGACCAUCUCGGCCAGACACCACACUUGUCAGGGAUCUUGUACUUAUCCUCAAGUGCAGAAAGUCUGUCAACUGGGUCAUCAAAUCCCAUGACGUGCAGGGGAGGUUGGAAGCCAUUACAUCAAAUGGGGUUGGCUUUGGAAAAGAAACUGAACGCUCUAUGACCAUGAGUAAAACCAUAGUGUUUGAUAUGCCUUCCUCUCAUGAGAAUUUGAUUGCCUGGGCAUAUGAGCAUGGUCACUACCCAGUUACUACGUACACAAAAGCACCCCUUGCUAAUAGAUUUCACCUACAACUCGUGGAUGCAGAAGAAAUGAAUGAUGAAGAAGAAGAAGAAGAUUUUCUUCCACCAGAGCUGAAGGAACUGCUGCAUGGCAUUAAAGCUCCUCCAGCCCCACGUUUGAGUGAAGACAUGCGCUUCAGUUUUCUUCAUGAGAACAACCAAGGCUCCUUCCCAUCAGCCGAUACUGUUGACCCAAUCAUGGCCAGUCAUGGUUUUGAACAGCUUCUUCCAAAAGACCCGGAGCCAGAAGAAGUACAGGGUAGCGUUGAUGUCGCCAUGUCUGUGAUAUGUAACGAUACGUCCAUGAUGGUAGCGGUAGCAAAAGACUCCCUAGAGGCUAGCGGUUUCUUUGGGACACAGCUCUCUCUGCUGGAUCCUAAUUGCAGAGCUAAAACAAACAGGACCCAUUUUAUUCUGGAGUCAUCUUUGCACGAUUGUGGGACCCGACAGAUUCCCUAUCCUUUGGAUAACAUUGUCUAUCUCAACUCUAUUGUUAUCCAGGUAUCACCAUCAACUGAUGCUAGUGGAUGGCUGGUUGAUUAUGAAGACAUGGAAUCAGGGGAUAAUGGUUUCCCUGGGGACACAGAUGAAUCAGAUAUCACCUUUUUUAGCCGGCCUGUAAUUGUUGUGUUCAAUUGCACAUUCCAUCAACCCAGAGAUUCAAAGGUUUCUAAGUUUUGGCCACCUGAAAUACAUGUUGGCAAUGCCACCUUCGGAAUGGAACUCUACGAAACGGAGCUUUUUCGGAUUCCAGUCCAAGGAUUCUUCUCUGUCGCAGACAACAGCCAGAUUUUUGUUGAGAUUUCUCUGACAAAGGCUGAGAGAUCCCUGGGCUUUGUAAUCCAAACUUGCUUUAUUUCACCAAAUUCCUAUCCUGACCGAAUGUCAGAAUAUACCAUUAUUGAAAAUGUUUGUCCUAAAGAUGAGUCUGUAAGAUUCUUCAAUGUUCCAAAAGCAAAUUUUCCCGUACCCAACACACAUACUGAUAAAAAGCGGUUUAGCUUCUUAUUCAAAUCCACAUUCAACAGCUCUCUUCUCUUUCUACACUGUGAGGUGACCUUAUGCACGAAAAAAGAAAAAGAAAUUCCAGGAUUAGCUCUGUGUGUCCUUCCAGAUGAAGCUUGUACCUUUCUUAAUGUUGAUAUGAUCUUUGCAAUGAUGCAGAAUAAGAAAACCUUCACCAAACCCCUUGCUGUGAUAACUAAAGUGAGAUCAGAAGAUAAAUCCUCCCACUUGAAUCCUUCUCAAGGAUCAGCGUCUGUUGUGUACGGCCUGGACACGUUGACAGUUGUGGGAAUUGCCUUUGCAGCUUUUGUGAUAGGUGCCCUGCUGACAGGAGCUUUAUGGUUCAUCUACUCCCGCACAGGAGAACCAGAAGGAAGGCAGCAGGUUCCUACAUCGCCCCCACCCUCUGAAAACAGCAGUGCAGGCCACAGUAUCGGCAGCACACAAAGCACCCCCUGUUCCAGCAGCAGCAGGGCCUAACCCAGGAGGCGGGAUGGAAAUGCACGUAGCAACUUCAGAGACCAGAGGUUCAGAAACAGCUGUUUGUCGCCUUUCGGUCUAUUGGUUUGGAUUCUUUUGGCAAAAAUGAGAAGGCAUUUCCUUCUUCUUCUUUUUUUUCCCCGGCUUUUCUCUGGAGAAACACGGUCCUUGAAUCUCCCGCCGCAUGCUAAGGCUACACGUGACGGAGCUACUCUCUUUGUGCAGCUGUGGACUGGAUACAAAGGUCCAGGCAUUCUCAAUGUGAAACACAACUUCCCCCCACUCCCGCCUCUGCAAAUGCUGCUUUGUCUCCAGAGGAUCCCAGAGCCGAGUUUUUGCAAACGUGCAGGAGGACCCCAGGUGUCGGCAAAGGGAUUUCAGUCUCAUAAGCUGGGGAAAGAGGGCUUGGUAUUUUUCUUCUACUCCUUCUUAACCUCCCUCGCUCCCCCACCCACUGGGCCACAAAGGCAGGGUGGUUUCAAAUGCCACAGCUGAAAACUGGUUUCCUCCGAUAGGCAUCGCAGGUCACCAUAGCUGUGUCACUGUGUAAUUGUUGAGCUUGACUUUGGAAAGCCUUUUGCCCCUGGUUGUGCUAUUCUCCAUUUAAGGGAUGUGUAUCCACUGAAGCUUUUGAAAUGAAAGCAGCGUACAGGGGCUAAAAAUACAUGUUGGUUAGAUAUUUGUAAUUGCUAUCCUUCCUUCUCAUAUAUCCAAAAGCUUGCUUGAAUACUUAGGGUAGCUGUAAGGGUUGCUGCAUUUUUGCUGCCUUGGUGGGAACUACCUUCCCCCCCCUCCCCAGAUGGAGCAACUUAGUCUCACCCUUGUAAUCUAAGAUUUCUCUACAAGGCACUCUUUGUAUCCUGCAUGCUUUUCACCUGCUCUUUGUCUUGUGGCGAUUUGCAUUAAGCCAUCCUAUGGUCCUGUCUCGCAGCCUUGCUUCGUGAAAGGCAGGGGGCCACGGACCAGUACCGGUCCGUGGCCUGUUAGGAACUGGGCCACACAGCUGGAGGUGAGCAAGCGAAGCUUCAUCUGUACUUGCAACCUCUGCCCGGUACUAGCACCACGGCCUCUACUCCACCUCAGAUCAUCCGGCUUAAGAUUCUCAUAGGUGCGCAAACCCUUCUCUAAACUGCACAUGCCUGGGAUCUAGGUUGCGUGCUCCUCCCCCCCACCCCGGUCCGUGGAAAGAUUGCGCUCCACGAAACCGGUCGCUGGGGCCAAAAAGUUUGGAGACUGCUGAUGUGAGAUGUGCUUGCAGAUAUAGCCACCUGCCUACUCACUGCUGCGUUAGACGUGGCUUCGUAGAUGCAUUUCCACUGAGUGAAUUUGCAGAAUUGUCUACGGCUUUUGUGUCGAAUGGGGAAAUCUUGUUUUUUCUGUAAAGGCCACGCCCACCAAUGCAUCCAUAAAGCUAUAUUCUGGAAGAGGGUGGGUAGGUUGUACUAUGAUUGCACUUGGAAGUUCAGGAUGAGGUUAUUUCAUUGGCCAAUUUUGAACUUAGGAAUGCCUGAAUAUACUUCACCAAAGGAAGGAAGACUACAAAAAGUAAAAUGAUUCCCUGAUACAUUUUUUUAGAUAUUUUUACAUUAUUUUCAGAGCCGUCUAUUGUAAGACAUUCAUUUUGAUUGGAUUUGUGGCCUCAAAGCAUCUGGAGAUGUUUGUAGUAUACAUGUGGCCAUGCUUAACAUGACUCCUUAAGCAUAUAUUGCUGACUUCUAAAAGUAUAAACUAAUAUUCAAAUUCAAUUCUGUGUCCCAUGACAAUGGUUCUGCAUUAAAAGUAGCUAGCUUUUUUCCCUUUAGGUUAUUGGAAAACACUAAGGUCAAAUAUUGUGGAUCCAGUUUUCUAUCAUGUUACUUUUUUCCCAUUUGUUUAGUGCUCAGUGGAGACAACUAUUGAAUCAUGCUAUUUGUGACCUAUAGCAUCGAUAGCAAGAUGUCUCCCAUAAAAGCUUUUGUUAUUUUUUUUUAUUCCGACUCAUCUCAGUUUCACAAUUGGAAAUGCAUCAAAGUAACACUUGAAAUGGCAUGAAAUUGUAAAAAUAUUAUGUUAUCAUUUUGAGAACUGAAAGCAAAAUCAGCACA